CAUCCCAGAGUCGAUCCAAUACUUCAACUUAGCUUCCCUCUCUACUCCAUAAUCUCUUGCCUCUAGCUUUUUUGCCUGAAAAAAAAAAAAAGGAAAAAACAAAAAUGCCUCUAGUUACCGAGACCGUGACAUUCAGGAUGUUCUCCUCCGCCAGCGACGUAUGGAGCGCCGUCACCGCCGCCACAGCUGUUUUCCCGAUGGCGAUGCCCAACCUCUACGCCGACAUCAAGCGCAACCGCCGCGACGGCUUCACCGAAGGCUCUAUCCGCGACAUCACUUUCGGCCCUGCUUACAGCAGGGUGGUGGGAUCGGGGAGGGAAGAGAUCGUUGAAGUUGACCAUUCCAACAUGACGGUGAAGACGACGAUGAAUGACGACGGCGCAUUCGUGCCGCGGCUCUUCGACAGCGUUGACAUCACCACGGCUGUCAACUUCCUUAAUCCUGAUGCAAGAAGGAUUGCAGACUGAAGAGGAGGCUGAAGAUCGAAGUUGCAGAACGGAGUCGUUUUCCUUUUUGUUUCAAGUUCAUUAACAAUGAAACUCUAUCGUUUUACUUAAAAGCUUGUUAGCCGUUAAUAGCCGUUACUAAACAGUACUUUGGUUUGUAAUAGGCUAAUCAUUGGUUGCCAAG